AUGGCCGCUGCCGCUCCCACAGUCGUCCCGUCUUCAUCAACCUCAUCGUCCACGAUUCAGUGGGAUGUAUUCUUAAGUUUUAGAGGAGCAGACACACGGGACAACUUCACAUCUCACCUCUAUGGGGCCCUGGUCAGUAAAGGGAUCAAAACUUUCAAGGAUGACGAGGAACUAAAAAAAGGAGAGCUGAUCUCUGAAGCGUUGGAAAAAACAAUCAAGAAAUCAAGAAUUUCCAUAAUCAUAUUCUCGAGGAACUAUGCCAAUUCCAGAUGGUGCUUAGAAGAACUGGCCUUGAUUAUGGAACGCUGGAAAAAGAAUGGCCAAAAGGUUAUUCCAAUUUUCCUCAAGGGUAUCGAUCAAUUGGACGUACAGCACCAGAAAGAGAGUUUUGGAGAGCCUUUUGGAGAGCACGAAAAGAAAUUCGACCGAAAGACGGUGGAAACGUGGAGGUCAGCCCUGAGAGCAGCUGCUCAACUCCCCGGAUGGAGCUUUAUUGAUUUUAG